GUGACCGACGUGCCAGUGCCUUCCAUGUAUUGCACCUGUACACACAACCUCUGACUUCUUACAUCAGAGAGUCAUUUAGACGAAUACCAGGUAUCAAUACGUAGAUAUGGUGUCGGUACCAGUGGUUGUGGUCACUAUAGUGACAGGGUACCUUAUAUGGAAACUGUUAUGGUUUGUGGUGACGUACCGGAAGUGGGACCACAUACACAAUUCAACGACACCCCUCGGAACUCGACAUCCGAUCUAUGGCACGAUGCACCAUUACUCAGACGCAGAAAGCUUUCUCAAACACGCCAUGUCCAGACUGGAACAGACUCGCGCCAAAAUGAUGUCAGGCUGGUUAUUCUUCCUCUUCCCAACGUUUGUAGUGUGUCAUCCGGACACGGCCAAACUGCUGCUCCGCUCGUCCGAGCCGAAGGCCAGGCGGUUCAGCAUGGUCUACCGAUCGUUCUUACCCUGGCUGGGUGAUGGUUUACUGGUGAGUGAUGGACCGAAAUGGGAGCGUAACCGGAAACUGCUGACUCCCGCCUUCCAUUUUGAUAUACUGCAGCCAUAUGUAAACACAUACAACAAAGUCACUGAUAUAUUAUUGGACAAGUUAUGGUCGGAGAGUAAGAGCGGUCAGUUUGUAGAGGUGGCCGGACCGGUGGGACUAGCCACGCUGGACACUAUGCUGAGAUGUGCCUUCUCGUACGAAGGAGGCGUUCAAGUUAGAGGAGAGAGCCACCCAUACGUCCGUGCGGUCAAGGAGUUGUCACGCACGUGUAUUCGGCGUACAAUUCGACCUUGGUUAUUCCCGGACCUGGUGUUCUACCUCACCAAGGAAGGUCGACAGUUCCGGUCUCUCACACAAUACGUCCACGAAUUCUCCUCUGAUAUCAUCAAGGCCAGACGCAAAUCGAUCGAGACAGACCCUUCCCAGCUAAAAAAACGGCGUCUUGAUUUCUUGGACAUACUUUUGGCAGCCAGAGACGAAACCGGAACUGGAAUGUCUGACGAGGACAUCCGGGCGGAAGUGGACACUUUCUUGUUUGAAGGACACGACACCACCGCCUCGGCCAUUAGCUGGGCAAUCUACGCCCUGGCAAAAUACCCAAAGGAGCAGGAACACCUGGCGGCGGAAGUGGAGGAAGUUAUCGGAACACGGACAUGCGUAGAAUGGGAAGAUUUGUCUAAGCUACGCUAUCAGAGUCUAUUUAUCAAGGAGGUAAUGCGCAUGUACAGUCCCGUGCCGUUCGUGGCGCGGUGUCUAACGCGCCCCCUGGUGUACGGAUCUACAGUGAUUCCCCCGGGUUUUGGCGUAGACAUCCUUCUAGUUGGCAUCCACCAUCAUCCGGAUGUGUACCCCGAUCAUGACACUUUCCGACCAGAAAGAUUCGCAGACAACGUCGAGGAGGAAAGGGACCCGUACGCAUUUGUACCGUUCUCUGCCGGCCCUAGGAACUGUAUCGGUCAGAACUUUGCUCUGAACGAAAUCAAAGUUGUGUUAACAAGACUCCUGAGAAGAUUCCGCGUAGAACUUGACGAGGAUCACAAAAUCGUAUUCCUCCCGGAUUUGGUGAUGAGGGCAAAAUACGGCAUCAAAGUCAAACUGUGUCCUCGCUGACAGAUAUUUAUGUUUCAGAAACAAUGUAAAACUCAACGAAUUUUUUAAAAUCUUUUUGCCAUUCAGCCCACAAGGUUUCAUACGGUACGAAAAUUCAUUCUUAAUCGUGUAAAUCCAUACACAUCAUAUCGUAAUCUUAUACAAACACAUAUCUGCCGUAAUCAGGACAUAUGCCUUACGUAUCAGGCAUACGGCCAUAUAUAUUUUAGUGUUUAAUUUUAGUAUGUUUUUCGUAUUAGAGCAAAAUAUGAUUUGACGUCAUAUACAGAUUCAGAGUGAGGACUAGAACUCAUUUUUGGUUUCUGCUUUGCUAUUUUCCGUUGCCAGAUCUGUUUGGUAAGGGAAUGCUUUCAUUGUUACGCAAGGCUAUUUAUCAAAAUAACAUCUUAUCGUGAAUUUAUCGAUAGUAUAAUCAGGUUUUUUGUGUGUUCUUAUAUCAGUGUUUAUUCAUACAUAUUCAAUUUAGUAUCACUUGUGCUACACUUAACGCUUUGAAUGAACACACACAAGAAACUAAAAAGUAUAUUAAUGGAUUUCACCAUAAUCACGGUUUACAGACGUGUCAAUUUAGUCCAGACGUUCACCACAUACUGCUUACUAGAUUAAGUCGGGAUGAACUAUUUCACAGAGAUGCAAUGCUGAAUUCAUGUUACGCUCAAAUAUAAUUUGUGAACUCCCAAUAUUGAUCAAGGUGAUUCAAUGUUGUGAAUAUAAAAUGUGUU